AUGUCCCACAAAGAGUCCAGCAUGAAUAAGAUAAUUGUGUAUGACAAGCCUAAUUUUGAAGGGCUGAGCAAAGAGUUUGUCAGUGACAUCCCUGAUCUACAUGAGCUGGAUUUUGGUGACUGCAUCUCUUCUCUGAAGGUGAUUGGGCAGCCCUGGGUGGCCUACAAAGCCCCCAGGUUUGAAGGAGAUGGUUUUGCUUUUGAGGAAGGUGAUUAUGGAAAGAUCAACAAUAACAACAACAUCUCUUCCCUCCGGUUGGUUCACCACGAUCUCUCAGAUCCUAAGAUCACACUGUACGAGCACCCAAAUUUUGAAGGGCAACACAAGGUGGUGAAGGAAGAGACCAACCUCACCUAUGGCUACUUCAAUGACCGUGUCUCCUCCCAUGUGGUUCAGAGAGGAGUGUGGCUGUUGUACAAGCACCCAAACCGCGGCGGAUGGCACCAUAUUGCCUGGCCUGGGGAGUGCAUACAGGACUACAAAACAGAGAUUGAUUUUGAUGACAGUGUAUCUCACCUGCGCCCCCUGCGGCCUGGCCGCCCCAUCAUCACUGCAAAAGUACUGUGGGACCAGAAGAAAGUGGAGGCUGAGAAGGAAAUUCUAAUCGAUGAGAUUGUGGGAACCAACUGCACAGAAUACGAGCAAGCCUUCACUGCCAACACCUCCCGGGAAUAUACCGCCAUGGUGUUCCAGAACUUCCACUUCAGCAAUGCCACAUCUCUAGAAUUGGGCUUCUCUUUCCAAGUCACUUUGGGAGGUGCCAACAUCUUUACAGUGGAGAAAGGGAAGCAUGAGUCCACCACCACCAGUGAGAAAGUGGAAGUUCUGCUGCCAGCCAAGAUCCCCCCAUGCACCCAGCUCUCCAUUCAGGUGGUCAAGAAAGAGACCACCACCACAGUGCCAGUGGAGCUCACUAUCUGUCAGAAUGGGAAAGAAAAGAAAGAGCUUGCCGAAUAUCAGUGUGUGUCAGGCCGUACCAUCAGCACCAGGUAUACCAUGACACCUGCCUCAGCAUCCCGGGGGGCUUCCCAAGCUCACCCGGCACCUGAAACUGUGUAG